AAUUAUGCUCCGUAAUUUUGGACACCAGGUUGUCUCGUCGAGAGAUCCACAAAUGUGCCAAAAACAUCCGCGAAUCCGAUUAAGCUCGAUCCUGAAAUUCUUGGAUCCAUGAUGACGAAAGAUCCUGUCAACUGAUUGCGAGCAAUAAGAUCUCUGUAUGGAUUUGGGAACGCGUCAAAGAUCAAGAGCGACUGGUUUAGUUUUCACCGGAAUAAGUCCAUCGACCUUGAUAUUUUUCUCGACUUGUGUCCGCCUCCACACAUUUCAUUUUCUUGUCACGCAAACAGGGAACCGUUGAAAGUAUCCAAGGUACUAUAAACUCGAUCUAUCCGCAAAAACCGACAGAAUGAGCAAGCUGAAUAUCGAAGGACUCAAGGAAGCUAUCGCCAGCGUCCUCCAAAAGUCCGAGGAGAAGAAGCGUAAAUUCGUCGAGACUGUCGAGCUUCAGAUUGGUCUCAAGGAUUACGAUACUCAGAGGUACAUUUUUCUACUGAUCCAUUUUGAGUCUAGCCUCCUCUUUCGUUUUUUGAAAGUAUUUCUGAUGACGAUUCAGAUUGUCUUGCAACAUGUGAACAAAUAAUUACUAUAACAGGGAUAAGCGUUUCUCCGGAAUCGUGCGUCUGCAGCAUGUGCCGCGUCCGCGUAUGAAGAUCUGCGUCCUCGGUGACGCUGUGCACUGCGAUGGCGCGCAGAAGUUGGAUAUGCCGUUCAAGAGCGUUGAGGAUUUGAAGAAGCUCAACAAGAACAAGAAGAUGGUCAAGAAGUACUGCACUUUACAUACCUUUUUAUCUUUGUGCCACUUCUAUUGUUUUAGGCGUCUGUUGCACCUGGCGCAAGAAUUCUGUAUUGUCAUUCUUUACCUGACGAGGCAGACUGGCUCACAGAAUGGAACAGCUUCCGGCAUGUGGUCACUCCUUGUGUCGUCGCGUCCAAAACAAGGAUGAAAGAUCAACUUUUUCUGAUUUAAGUUUGCGUCCGUUCCUGACCUGCGGUUUGUCGAGGCACCUUGUGCGAGAGUCUCGCCCAGGUUCGCCCACAUCCCGCUGUUCGUGCUACGGACGUGAAAAGUGUCAGAUACAAUGCUACUGUGGUUUUUUCGUUAUCCCGUGUACCUGCCUAGUGCUACUUACUUUGGAAGUUCCCCUACUAAAAUGAUGAUUCACUCAAUCCAAUGCUUCGUUACCUGCAGGCUGAGUUGGCCAACGAAGAGAAACCACUUCAUCGAGGACUAAUCUGAACGCGUAGAUAAAACCUCCAUAUCCUCUCGCGAAAUUUGUUGUAUCAAGUGUUUUGCUCCUUACGGUCGUCGACUUCCUACUUGAAAAAACGUGUGACCAAUUACAAUGUUUUUGUACUGACACUACAGGUUGGCUCGGAGCUACGAUGCCUUCAUGGCUUCCCAGGCUUUGAUUCCGCAGAUCCCACGUUUGCUGGGUCCGGGUUUGAACAAGGCUGGUAAGUUCCCGACCAUGAUCCAGCACACUGAUGUGUUGGAAGACAAGGCUACGGACAUCCGCGCCACCGUCAAGUUCCAGCUGAAGAAGGUUUUGUGCUUGGGCGUCGCUGUCGGUCACGUUGGUAUGACCGCGGACGAGCUCCGCCAGAACUGCUUGAUGAGUAUCAACUUUAUGGUCUCCUUGCUGAAGAAAAACUGGAACAACGUGAAUACCCUUCACAUCAAGUCCACUAUGGGACCAAGCCACCGCAUCUUCGGUUAAGCGCUGGAUGCAGGAACGCUUCAUCAGAGCAGGAAGAGGACUCGUUUGCCUCGCGGAUUGGGAAGAGUAAACAGUCAAAUCUCCAACCAUGGAAUAUUGAACAGAAUCUGCACGAUUGGCGACCAGCAAAUCAGGCCUCGACGAGUCAAUUGCGUAUUUGGAGACUAUUCUGGAUGCUUUUCUGAUCGAGCAGCGACGAAUAUCUUCGACCUUGGACAUGGGACUAGAUUUACCAACCAUGCCUUGCUGUGGUUGGGAGAUACAGCCGUAUCGCUCAGUCUGUCAACUCUUGCGGAUUAAUACAGAAUCGAGUCGUUGCCAUUAUUGUCUUUCGACAUGGCCUUCAAAAAGAAGGUGCUCGGG